AUGGCUGGGUCUAUUAAGGAGGAGUUGUGGGCCUGGGAGGGGUUAAGAAAAAAAAAAAGUUACUAGUUUAAUUCCUGUCUGGUGGAUUAUUUGGAAGGAAAGAAAUAAGAGGGAUUUUGAGGGGUUGAAAGUGACAUCACAAAGAUUAGAGAUAGAUGGUUCCAUUUGUUUGGAUUUUUAUUAUGCGAACAUUGACUUGUAUAGGGUGGAUGAUUUUGGGUAUAUAAUUGACUGCUUGCAAAUUUCUUGGGGGAUAUCUAUUAUGCUAUGGUGAUAUCUUGCAGUUCCUAAUCUAUACCACAGAUAAAUAAAAAAAUUUCCCUUGGCCCUCUUCACAUAGAAGAUUCUUUUUCAGUGGUUAGCUGGAGUUUACCAUUUACAGUUUUAGUCGGCUUUGUUACUGUUAGCAGCCAUAUCCUCUAAGAUAGUGUUAACACAAGAGCAAGAUGUCUUCAAUUGUUGAUGGACAAAUGUAAAAUUAUGCAGCUUGCUGAAUUUUAUGUUGUAUUUAUCAUGUUGAAUUUUGUAAAAGUUGUGUUCUAUUCUAUUGUUUUUGGCCACAAUGAUUAAUGGGAAAGCCCAAAACUGUAUUCAAUUUGUUUUGACGUCAACCAUUAGAUGAAAUAUGUUAUGAAGUUUACUUGCAUGCAUACUUUGUGGUUUUUGACUGCCAUCAUGAUAUCAUUUUCUUUUAGUAUCUUAUUGCGCUCUAUAAUCAUUGCAUUUAUACCGAAUUCCUGUAACAUUGUGGGAUAAAAUUGGCAUGAAAUGGACAGAUGUUUCAAAAGGAAGCCUCUUCAUGUUGGAAUUCAUGCAUAUGAUGACCAAAUUAAGGCCGUUUGUUCAUGUAUUUCUGAAAGAAGCAAGUGAAAUGUUUGAGAUGUACAUAUACACAAUGGGAGAUCGGCCUUAUGCAUUACAAAUGGCUAAAUUGCUUGACCCUAGAGGAGAAUACUUUGGCGAUAGAGUAAUUUCUCGGGAUGAUGGGACUGUAAAACAUCAAAAAGGUCUUGAUGUGGUUCUUGGCCAAGAAAGUGCUGUUCUAAUCCUUGAUGAUACUGAGAAUGCAUGGGUGAAACAUAAAGACAAUUUGAUACUGAUGGAAAGAUAUCAUUUCUUUGCUUCGAGUUGUCAUCAAUUUGGCUACAAUUGUAGAUCUCUUUCCGAGUUGAAGAGUGAUGAGAAUGAGACUGAUGGAGCACUUGCAUCUGUGCUAAAGGUCCUUAGGCAAAUCCAUAGCAAAUUCUUUGAUGAUCUCGAAGAGGAUCUUGCAAACAAAGAUGUGAGGCAGGUGUAGUGCUUCUCAGAACUUCCAUCCUAUCAAUGUG